UUGCGCGUCGGGGUGUGCGCUGGCCCGAGGCCCCGGCGGCGGCCCCCGGGAGGAUGCGGCCGGCAGAGAUGAAUCCUGGGAAAUCAUCACAUCUAAAGGAUUUACUUGGAGUAAAAGAUCACUGACUUUCUACAAUGGAAAAAUCAUGGAUGCUUUGGACCUUUGUUAAGAGAUGGCUACUAGCUUUGGCUUCCUGGUCUUGGAGUCUCUGCCGUAUUUGUCUUUUGCCCUUGAUAGUGACUUUUCACUUGUACGGAGGCAUUAUACUACUUAUAUUAAUAUUUGUAUCAAUAGCGGGUAUAUUAUAUAAAUUCCAGGAUGUUCUGCUUUACUUUCCUGAGCAGCCCUCUUCAUCACGCCUUUAUGUUCCUAUGCCUACUGGUAUACCACAUGAAAACAUCUUCAUCAAAACCAAAGAUGGAGUUCUUCUCAAUCUUAUUCUGCUGAGAUACACAGGGGACAAUGCAGCGUAUUCUCCAACCAUCAUUUACUUUCACGGGAAUGCAGGCAACAUUGGCCACAGGUUGCCAAAUGCUUUAUUAAUGCUGGUAAACCUGAAAGUAAACUUAAUUCUGGUCGAUUAUAGAGGGUAUGGAAAAAGCGAAGGAGAAGCAAGCGAAGAAGGCUUGUACUUAGAUUCUGAGGCCGUGUUAGACUAUGUGAUGACUCGGUCUGAUCUCGAUAAAACAAAAAUUUUUCUUUUUGGCCGUUCCUUGGGGGGAGCAGUAGCUAUUCACUUAGCUUCUGAAAAUUCCCAUAGGAUUUCUGCCAUYGUGGUGGAGAACACCUUUCUUAGCAUCCCGUACAUGGCCAGCACUUUGUUCUCUUUCUUUCCGAUGAGAUAUCUUCCGUUAUGGUGCUACAAAAAUAAAUUUCUAUCCUACAGAAAAAUCUCUCAGUGCAGAAUGCCUUCUCUCUUCAUCUCUGGGUUGUCUGACCAGUUAAUUCCACCAGUUAUGAUGAAACAACUUUAUGAAUUAUCCCCAGCUCGGACUAAGAGAUUGGCGAUAUUUCCUGAUGGAACUCAUAAUGACACUUGGCAGUGCCAGGGUUAUUUCACUGCACUUGAACAGUUCAUCAAAGAAGUAAUAAAGAGUCACUCCCCUGAAGAAAUGGCGAAAACAUCAUCUAACGUAACAAUAAUAUAAUUGAUGUUCUUUGGGAUGGGGCAAGUACCUGCACUGUACCUUGAUUUGUGAUGAGUGAUAAAAGAAUGUCCAUUUUUAAGUGUAUUGUCAUGUCUGUACUUGCCUAAAGAGUGAAAUUAAACUUGGAAAAGUCUGAUAUUUUAUUAAGAUGUUCCAGAUAACUUUUACAUUUGCAGCAUUGUAAAUGAACCAUWUUUUUGUCUUUCUCAUACUUUUUUGGUAUCUCUGUCCAUAUAAUCCAUUUGUUUGAUAUGUACAACAGAUGCUAUUAAAGGAACUUGCUACAAAAGUARUACAGAAUGUAUUUAGAGCAAUGGGAGGCUCUUCAGUAUUCACUGCUGUACGUGUGAGCUUUUUGGACAGCCAUGGUUAGCACAAUGAUUUGUUGCUUCUCUUAGAGUUUAUUUAAAGUGUGCCAUGCAUGAGAUUAGUGUUUUAUUUCUUAAAAUUUUAUAUUAUGCAAAGUGGGAAGUCUUUAAUGUGCUAAAUAAUACAAAACAUAAAUGGUAGCGUAUACUUGCAGGUAUACUAUCCUGGGUUAUUACUGGUUUUUAUGGUUAUGCAAACUUACGUAUGUCAAACUGCAGCUGAAGAUGAAAAGAUACUGUCCUUGUUUUUACUUACAAUUUGUAUUAUAAUAGUACACAGACGGUGGUAUGUGCCUAACAUCGUGAUUUCAGGAUUUUACCCAGGCAAUUUGUCCAUAGUAAAUAGAAGUAACUUUCAGAAAGAGAGCAGYGCAAUCUAAGCUCCUUUCUGCCUCAAGCUCUCCUUGCUAAUGUACAGGCAAACUAUUUGUUAGUGUUAAUCUGCUUGAGCAUUUGAGGUGGUAUUUCUCAAGGCAAAAUGAAUGGUCAUACAAGGUAAAAGUAGGGUUUUUGUGUUCAGGCUUUUAGGCUGGUGUAGUUAAAUGUUUGUGCCCUUUAUUUAUACCUCCAAAAAAACAAACUCAAAUAGUUACCAGUGAUCACAUUAUUCAAGAUUAAUGUAUACAGUUGUUAUACCAUAAGGAUAAUACAAAUGASCAGAUAUGACCACCUAGAACUAUCGUUGAAACUAGGAGGGCUCUGCAGAUUCUGACGGACUGGAGCAAUGAACCAAGGCCAGCUGCACAACAUUCAGCAAGGCCAAGGGCUGGAUUCUUCACUUGGGUCACAACAAAUKAAUGCAGCACCAAAGGUUAGGAGAAGAGUGGCUUGAGAGCUGCUCAGCAGAAGAGAGCCUUGAAGGUGCUGGUCGGCAGCCAGCUGGAUAUAAACCCACAGUGGUGAAGCAGGCCAGUGGCAUCUUGGCCCCUGUAUUGAACAUGGUAUGGCCAGGAGUAGUAGGGAAGUGAUUUUCUUUCUGUACUGGGCACUGGUGAGGCCACACCUCAAAUCCUGCAUUCAGUUCUGGGCCYCUCACUACAAGAAAGGCAUUGAGGUGCUGRAGCAUGUUCUGCAUGGAGCAGAGAAGGGCAGCAGAGCUGGUGAAGGGUCUGGAGCACAAGCCCUGUGAGGAGUCGCUGAGGGAGCUGGAGUAGUUUAGUCUGAAGAAGAGGUUUGUUUAGGGGAGACCUUAUCAUUCCCCACAGCCACCUGAAAGGAGUCUGUAGCCAGGUGAGGGCUGGCCUUUUCUGCUGUCUUUCUAGUGCAAGGAUGAGAGGAAAUGGCCUUACAUUAAGGAAGGUUGAAAUGAGGUAUUAUAAAAAAAGCAUUCACUGAAAGAGGGGUUAAGCAUUGGACUAACUUGCCCAUGGAGGUGGUGGUGUCCCCAUCUCURGAAUCAUUCAAGAGCCAUCUGGAUGUGGCACUUGAGGAUAUGGUUUAGGGGUGAUUAUGGUGGUGUUAGGUUGAUGAUUGUACUAGAUCAUUGUACUUGACCUUUAAGAUCUCUUCCAACUUUGAUGACUCUGUGAUCAAAGACAUAUGUUGUUAGCUGAGUCCCUAUUGGAGUGUGAGAGCUGUUUCARUAUCUUCUGCAGGUUUAAUUUCUUAUUGCUGCAGCUGAGUUUGCCUCUUCAAAAUAUUUUUUUAUGGAAAGAACAAAUUGGAAAAUCAUCCACACAAUCUGUACAAUUGCCCUUUGGAUUCAAAUUUUUAAAUAAAUUUUCUGCCAUGUUGUCCUGAUUCAGAAAAGCAUUUCAGCACACACUUAAAAUCUGUUUCCUAAGGGGCAGUCAUUUUUUAAGCUUGUGCUUAAAUUCUCUGGUUGAAUAAAACUGCUUACCUGGACUGGUGCCUUAAUGGUUACGCCUCCUAAUGGAAUUAUAUUUAUUUUGUACACAUGGGUAGUAGUUGUCAGCAAUUUGUAAAUAGAAUGAUACAUCUUUUCAUAAAUGUGAUUUUUAAUUUUUUUUUUUGAAGACAUAUGCAUACAAAAAGUUGCUGCUUUCUCCAGUAAGUAUCUUUUGUGAUAUUGGUAUUAAGGUUUUCUUGGAGUUGAUUGAGAAAAUCUUUGUGGUUCUGUAGACCUUAAAUCAGAGAGCAUAGUUUUUAAUCUGAAUGAAACCAAAACUAUUUUUUCAGCCUUA